AUGUCAAUGAUGAUGCGUCGCCUUGCAAGAAUAACACCACUUUUUGGUAGAGCGAGUUUGGUCCAGGGAUUCAGUAGACCACUUUCCACUGCCCUUUUAAGAACGAGAUUUCCAUGUUCCCAGUGGCCAUUGCAUCUACCAUUUAGUACAUAUAUGCGUCUUCGGGACGCUGCAGAUAAGAAGGAGGAGGCAGGAGUGCCGCUGGGGUCGUUCAAAGUGGACAAACCACAAUUGAUGAUAGCGUUCACGUGUAAGAAGUGUGACACGAGGUCGUCGCACACCAUCUCGAAGCAAGCAUACAAUUCCGGUACGGUACUGAUCAAGUGUCCCGGGUGUCAGAACAGACAUCUGAUUGCAGACCAUUUGAAGAUCUUUAACGAUGAUCGAAUCACCAUUGAGGACAUCAUGAAGGCGCAAGGUGAAAGCGUCUCCCUCACCACGGAUGAUCUGGCCUUCGAGGACGUUCCUGAGUCCCUGAAGAACACCAUUGGGCACUACGCCAAGGAUGCACCACCAGAACUGAAGAACAAACUGCAAAUGGACCAUUCAAAGACUCAUCUUCUUAAAUAA